AGGAAGAUAGUGUUAAUGAUGCGUUAAGUUAAUAAUGAUUGUAAUUAGAACACCAUCACGAAAGCGACUGAUAAUUUUCUAGAAUUAACAGUUGACUACAAUCAUAGAAGUGUUUACGUAGAUUGCUUUUUUUUUUAUAAUUAGCGGAUCGUUUUCUUUCAGUAGUCAAAAGAAGGAAAUCAAAAACCAUGACAAAUUUCGUUAACCUUGUACAUUUGCUUCAUUAUUCUUCGUAUCUGGUGUAUACCUUAUAAUCUCGGUUUUCCAUACAAAUCAGAUAUUAAACAUUAUUUAUAUCUUACGACUGUGUCUAUUAAACUAUACAGAUAUUCCGUUUCAAUAUUUCUCUCACCGUUAGUAUCGUGGAACAUUAUAAUUUACAUGGAACAUUGUUAGUUGCGUGGGACAUUAUUAGUUACAUGAAGAAUUUUUAUUUACAUGGAACAGUGUUAGUUGCGUGGAAUAUUGUUAGUUGUAUGAAGCAUUGCUAGCUAGUUACAUGGAACAUUGAAAUUUAUAUGGAACAUUGCUAGUUGCGUGGGACAUUGUUUUUUGUAAAGUAUGUUAUAUGGAACAUUGUUAGUUACAUUGAAGAUUAAAGGUACUGAAAGAUAAUAAUCAGGACAAAAAUGAGCUUUGAAAGUGAUUUGGUAUCAGAGGACCUACAAUUAAGUCCAUUAACAACAUCAGAAAAAUAUACUGACGAAGAUCAUUCCGUGAUUUCGACAAUUCCCGAGGGAGAAACUUGUCAUUGUUUUCAAGACAAUUGUCAAGAAUAUGCAAAACUUUCAGAAACAGAAAGUAACGGUGCACAGAACUGGAUAGAACAAGAACAUCCCGAUGAAUGUCAUCACCAUGAUCACGAAUAUCAUCAACAUGAUCAUGAAUGUCCGCACCAUCAACAUUCAUAUCGAUAUCACCACAUUCCUCAUUGGUCGACGAUUACGAUGUCCGAUGACGAUAUUGAAAUAAUCACCGAUCCUGAAUAUUACAAACAAUUUGACGAUGUUUUUUAUAUUGAUCCUAUAGUAGCUCGAAGUCUGCUCAGUGAAUUUUUGAUACAAGAGCCAACUCCAUCUAAUGUACAUAUUCACGUGGACACUCGAACCAAACGACAACGAUUUAUUGCACGUGCAGUUAUGAUCAUUUCGAUGGUGAUGUUUACUGUUAGUGUGUUACUUGUAAUCAUAUCUCUUAUCAUGUCAGACCAUAUCGACAAUUUAGUGCGAAAUGCAAAUAACCUGCUGACCAAAGGAUCAACGUCUCAAAUGACAAACCAGAACACAACGAUUACCUUGGUCUUAGCGAAUCACACUACGAGUACCAGGAACAGUUCAGAUUUCGGAUGAUGCAAUGACCUUUGACCUGGAAACCAAUAAAUGACAUCAUCCAGUAUUGUCAAGCUGACACCUGAGGAUGCAACUGUCGAUUCGAAAUACAGUCCAAAGAAUGGAUAUUGCCAACAUCGAAUGAUAAAAGCAUACACAUGCAUUUAAACAUAUUAAUAAUGUAUUUUUUUCUACUUUUGAUACAUCAGUAAAUGUUUGGGGAUUUUUAUUGUCUUUGUAAAUGUUAGAUAUAAGAUGAAACAUACAUUCGAUUAUGCAAGGAAUGUAAUUGCUGUAGUGCGAUGUUAUCAAAUUGUUUACUAAUGUCAACAUAUUAUUGAUUACAUUUACAGUAGCUAUAUUACGUUUUGCACUAUAAAUGCACUAAGUAUUUGAAAAAUCUUUCUCAAAAGAUUUUACAUUUCAUCUAAAUAAUUGUUAUAAAUUAAAGUAAAAUGUGAAUCAUUAUAAGCACAGCAAUUGUUAUCUUGAAGCGUAUAUAAGUAAUCGCAAGAAAAAAAUAAUCUCAUAUCUCAUCUUCAAAAUGUUUGACAGGAUAUAUACAUAAGAUUCUAAUAAAAGCGAUUCAACCGACUUUUCUUUUUAGAUCAAAGACAACAAAUGUGAUUUUCUUACGUCACAUCUAGAGUACUAAUGUAUGUUGAAUCUAAUAUGUAAUAAUAGAUUGUAGUGUUGAUUGUGUGUUUCCUCUAAUGUAACAUUCCAUACUUGUUUUUUAUGAACUACAGAGGCAUUAUCAUGUAAUUCUGUACGCGUCUAAUGUUCCAAUGUGCAAAUAAUUAUCAUUACGUAAGAACAACAACACCGCGUUCAAUGAUUUCUCUCAUUAAACUUGUAAUUGAGUUUGUAAGUAAAUGCAUUUUGAAUAAAUUUUUAUACAAGA